GCCACCAGAGCCUCACUGCCACGAAUUCUAACGCAGCUGGGGGAGCCCGGCCGAAAGCCCAGCGCCUAAGCGAGAGCCUGGGAAGUUCCAUAAAGAAAAACGGACACCUGUUUCCUGACUGAAACAGCAGCUGCGCCUGAGCAACACGUGGAGCCCUUUAAGUCAUGGAUAGAUUUGUGAUACGAAAACCCACAGCUCAAGAAAGCCCGAGGAAAAGCGAUCCAAAGGAAAAGGUUUACAAGCAAGCCACCAUAGAAUCUCUGAAGAGAGUGGUGGUUGUAGAAGACAUAAAAAGAUGGAAAUCGGUCCUGGAGCUUCCUGGCCAAUCUCAAGAGACUCUGAUCGAAACUUUGGAAGAAUUAAAGAAGAAAAUACCUUCUAAGGAUGUGUUACUUUCCACAAAAAUAGGUCACACAGUGAAUAAGAUGCGCAAACAUUCAGACCCUGAUGUGGCCAAUCUUGCAAAAGACGUUUAUGUUGAAUGGCGAACAUUCAUCAAAGAUUAUUCAAACAAGCCAUCAAUAGAAGUCAGGAGUGAUCCCAAAACGGAGACUCUCAGGAAAAAUGCACGGAAGCUACUAUGCAAUGCUCUGGAACUAGAGAUUGAUCACCCACUGGCUGAAAAUAUUGAGCGAGAAGCUUUUCAUCUGUCUGCCCGUCUCAUUAAUGCACCAUAUCGCAGGACAGUACGAGCCCUAGUCUUCACGUUAAAGCACAAACCUGAAAUCCGAGCACAAGUCAAAACUGGUGGACUCCCUGUCAGUGUGCUUGUACAAAACCAUAAGAAGUGACUCAGAGUGCCUGGUGCUGAACAUCGGAUUACUAUGCCUAUGCCACAUAUUUGGAUUGGGAUUCCCUUGUAUUUUAAGAGAAGUUCUGGGGCACUGGUACUGUUAAUCACGCUGCCUUUCUAAAGACAGGCUAUACCAGGAAGAUUUUUGGGGCAAAUUCUCUAGAGAUGUAAGCUGGUGUAAAUUAAUUAUCUGAGAGUCAGUGUAAAUUUGAACGAACAGAAUGGGUGGGAUCAUAAAGGGUAAAGCACAUAGGCCUCCCCUACCUAUGCCUUGCUGAUUAUCUCUCCUGCUACAAACCCUCUUUUCUUGUUCUGCAACAUGUAAGUUGCAUCAGCUGUCCAGCAUGUAAGUUGCAUCUACUAGCACUGACAUAACCACACAUCACAUGCACUAUCAUUUAUGUCACAUCUGAGUGUGAUUCCCUGUCUCUGACAGGAGCCAUGAGCUUAACAAGUGGAACUAUCAGAAAUAGGGUUGUAAGCGAGUAGUCGAGCCUAGGCUCAUCGGGUAGCUGAGUCAACUUCUUGCUCCCGCCCCCCCCUUGCUGCCUUUGUUUUGGAGGCAGCAAGGCUGGUGGGAAGCAGGAGCUUUUAAGCCGGAUCUCCCCAGCACUGUCUCCAUGUGCCGCCUGCCUCCCCCCUGCCCUGCAUUUCUGUUGGAGAGCCAGUGUUGUAAACAAUCAUGUCAAUUAAAUUCCAAUCAGUUAUACUGAGGCAAAUUCCUUGCCCCCAAAAAAGAUAGGGCUGAAUAGGUGUGAGUGCGUAAUUUGACUUAAAGUGUCGUUAUGUACUGUGGUGAUUGGUUGAAAAAGAGAAAAUAACUCAACUUGGCUAGAGUGACUUUCCAGGGCUGGAGUUAAAAUGUUUUGUCUGUAAACUGAGCACAUUUGACACAAUGGCAAUUAUAUAUUGAGCCUCACUAAUA